AUGGAUGAAAAACAAGUAAAAUUGCUAUUAGAAAAUGAAGAUAAAAUAAAAUUAAAAAAAUUACUUUUAGAUAUUGAUGUAAUAUGUUGUAAUUUUAUUGAUAAAUUAUCACCAUCAGAAUUAUUAGAAUUUUUAAUAUUAUUAAUAAAAAUAAAUACAAAUAAAAUAACAAAUUUAUUAUUUUAUAAAAAAUCAAUGGAAUUAUUAAAAAUAGCAUUAAAAAGAAAUCAGUUAAAUCAUAAUGAAAAUUUAAAAUAUUUAUAUUUUUGUGGUCUUGAAAAAAAAACUAAUUCUCAUAAUGUUAAAAAAAUAUUACAAUGUUUACCGUCAUUAGAAAAAUUGCCAAUUAUUGAACAAUGUAUUGUUGCUGAUACAUUAUUUAAAUGUAGUAUUAAAUUGAAGAAAAUUGAUGGUAAAAUAAUUGAAAAUAUCAUUGAAAAUAAUACAGAUUAUUUGAUAAAUAAUAAACAAUUAUUGGUAUCACUUUGUAAAGCUGUAAGAUAUGUUGGUCCAUCAGAUAAUUUUACAAUGAUAAAUUUAAGUAAAUCAUUGAUAAAUAGUAAAGAAAGAUUUAAUUUAAUUUUUAUAGCUCAUAUUAUUAGUUUAUAUGCUGAGGCACAUCAAAAAGAUCAACAAGUACUUGAUAAAUUAUUUGAUGAUUCAUGGCAACAAAUUGAAAAUGAUGAAAAUAAUAUGAACAUAAGAAUCAAAGAUAUUGAUAGAAUUUUAUGGUCUGGAAGAAUAUUAAAUUAUCAAAUGGAUAAUGAUAAAUUUUAUAUUAUUAAUAAGUUUAUUAAAAAAAGAUAUCAUCAUAUUAAAAAUCAUCAUUCGUUGUUUAUGAAUAUAUUGCUAUCAAUAUGGAUGUAUGGUGAUAAGCCAAUAAAUAUUAUCAAUGAAUGUUUUGAAAAUAAUAUAUUUGAUUCAAUAAUACAUGAUGAUAAUGAUAAUUGGAAAAUUAAAGCUAGAUUACAAUUACUACUAGCUUGUAUACAAAUUGAAUGUCCAGAUAUUAUUAUUCCAAAUAAAUUACAAGUACCACAUUGUGUUGGACAAAAGGUUCAUAAUAAUCUUAAAAUUAUAUUUAAAUAUAUUAAAUCAUUGGAUUAUUAUUUACCAAUUGAUCAACUUGUUAUUGAUUGUCCAAUUAAAGAAAUACUUAUCUUGGGAAUUAGUUUAAAUCAUCAAAAGAUUGGUAAAAUUCAUAUUGACUUACUGGAUGAGAACACUUGUUUAAAAGGUGUUGAAGAACCACAUGGACUGUUAAAUUUAAAACUAAGAUUACUUUCAAAACUUGGAUAUAAAUCAAUAUUGAUACCAUCAAUUAAAAUUAAAGAUGAAAAAAUAUUUAGUCUUUAUCUUGAAGAAAAUUUUAAUAGAAAAAAAGAAGAGUUUAUACAUAAACUUAUUGAUGUAUUUUUUAUAUAA